AGCAGCCGUCCCGACUUUUAUCGGAUCCAGUCCCAGUAUAAAAGCGGAGAGCCGCGUGCCGAUCAGCCUCACGUCAGAUCACACCUUACAGGUGCUCGUGCUCAUCAUGAGGGUUUUUGUCGCGAUCCUCGCUCUGGCUGUCCUCUCAGGGUGCCACGCCCGCACCGUGCCCCUGGAGGAGCUGCAGAACACGUGGGAGGUGACCGUGGAGAAGUUCCAGAAUUACAUCACAGACCUGAACACGAAGGCUGACGGCGUGCUGGAGAACAUCAGGAGCUCUCAGAUCAGCAGAGAGCUGGAAACUCUGAUCCAGGACAGCAUGUCAGAGCUGUCCAUGUACAGAGACGACCUGCAGAACAAGCUGGGCCCCUACACCCAGCAGAGCGCCGAGCGCCUCAGCCAGGACCUGCAGCUGCUGGCGGACAAACUGCGAGAGAACAUGAAGGAGGCGCGCGAGCAGGUGGACCGCUACGUCCAGGAGCUGCAGACCAUGAUGGAGCAGAACGCCGACGACGUCACGCUCAGGUUGUCCACCUACAGCCGCAAGCUGAAGAAGCGCCUCAACAAGGACACGCAGGAGAUCAAGAGGUACGUCAGCGAGUACUUCGGGGAGCUCCACUCUCGCACCUCCGAGAACGUGGGAGAGCUGAAGGCCCGUCUGGAUCCGUACUUCUCUCAGGUCCGGGACAACGCCCAGGCCAAGAUCUCCACCCUGAACGAGCUGCUCCAGUCCCAGAUCGAGAACGUGAAGACCAGGGUGCAGACCACCCACCAGGACGUCACGGAGCGCGUGAAGGUCGCCGCCGAGGACCUGCGCUCCUCUGUGGAGGGGAAGAUGCAGGAGCUGCGGAACUGGUUCCAGCCCUACGUUUCCAUGGUUACGGAGACCCUGUAGAUGAGACUGGUGACCCCGCCCUUUAUGGAAACAUGUUCAGACUGAAACCAACAAGUCUGUGGGGAAGCAUGAAAUAUUAAAAGAUCUAAAAGUC